GACCUUGGCCCCAGCUCCAUAAAUACCCGAGGCCCACAGAGAAGGCCAGCAGAGGCAGACACUGAGGAUGGGGCACGUGGAGCUGGCCGUCGUGGGCCUGGCCUGCUGCUUGGCGGUGGCCAGUGCCGCCAAGCUGGGCGUCGUGUACACGGAAGGAGGAUUCGUGGAAGGUGUGAACAAGAAGCUCAGCCUCUUGGGUGGUGAUUCCGUGGACAUCUUCAAGGGCAUCCCCUUUGCCACCGCCAAGACCCUGGAGAACCCACAGCGUCACCCUGGCUGGCAAGGGACCCUGAAGGCCAAGGACUUCAAGGAGGCAUGCCUGCAGGCCACUCUCACCCUGGACAGCACUAAUGGGGACAAAGACUGCCUCUACCUCAACAUCUGGGUCCCCCAGGGCAGAAAGCAAGUCUCCCAGGACCUGCCUGUGAUGGUCUGGAUCUAUGGUGGUAGCUUCUACUCGGGGUCCAGCAAUGAGGUUGACUCCCUCAACAACUACUUGUACGACGGGGAGGAGAUCGCCACCCGUGGCAACGUCAUUGUGGUCACCUUCAACUACCGCGUCGGCCCCCUGGGCUUCCUCAGCACUGGAGACGCCAACCUGCCAGGUAACUAUGGCCUUCGGGAUCAGCACAUGGCCAUCGCCUGGGUGAAGAGGAACAUUGCAGCCUUUGGGGGGGACCCCAACAACAUCACCAUCUUUGGGGAGUCAGCAGGAGGUGCCAGUGUCUCUCUGCAGACCCUGUCUCCCUACAACAAAGGCCUCAUCCGGAGGGCCAUCAGCCAGAGCGGUGUGGCACUGAGCCUCUGGGCCAUCCAGCACAACCCCCUCUUCUGGGCCCAAAAGGUCGCCAAGAAGGUGGGCUGCCCCGAGGACGACACUGCCAGGAUGGCCGGGUGUCUGAAGGUUACGGACCCCCGGGCCCUGACCUUGGCCUACAUAAUGCCCUGGGAAAAACAGGACUACCCUGUGAUAUACGAUCUGGGCAUUGGGCCUGUCAUCGAUGGAGACUUCAUCCCCGAUGACCCGCUCAACCUGUUUGCCAAUGCUGCUGACAUCGACUACCUAGCAGGCACCAACAGCAUGGAUGGCUACUUUCUUGCUGCUAUUGACCUGCCAAGCAUUCAGGCGUCCAAGAAGAACGUCACGGAGGAGGACUUCCACUGGCUGGUCAGUGGGUUCACCACGACCAAGGGGCUGGAUGGUGCCAGGGCCGUCUUUGACAUCUACACCGAGUCUUGGGCUCAGGACCCAUCUCAGGAGACCAAGAAGAAGACAGUGGUGGACCUGGAGACUGAUAUUAUCUUCCUGAUGCCCACGGAGGCAGCCCUGGCCCAGCACAGAGCCAACGCCAGGACUGCCAGGACCUACUCCUACCUCUUUUCUGUGCCUUCUCGGGUACCCUUCUCACCCAAAUGGCUGGGUGCUGAUCACGCAGAAGAAAUUGCCUAUGUCUUCGGAAAGCCCUUCGCCACCCCACUGUUCUACUGGCCCCAUGACAGAACUGUGUCCAAGGCCAUGAUCGCCUACUGGACCAACUUUGCCAGAAGUGGGGACCCCAACACGGGCCACUCUGCGGUGCCCACGCACUGGUACCCCUACACCAUGGAGGACGGCAACUACCUGGAGAUCACCAAGAAGAUGGACAGCAGCUCCAUGAAGCAGCACCUGAGGACCAAUUUUCUGCAUUUCUGGACCCUGACCUACCAGGAGCUGCCCACAGCAGUUGAUGAGGCCCUCCCUGUGCCCCCUUUGGAUGACUCUGAAGCUGCCCCUGUGCCCCCUGCAGAUGGCUCUGAAGCUGCCCCUGUGCCCCCUGCAGAUGACUCCCUGGCACCUCAGAUGCCUGCAGCCAUUGGCUUCUAGUGUCCACGCACCUGUUCCCAAGUGGCCACAGGGUUGGGCCCCAGGGUUGCCUCCUCUCCUGAGCUCUUCCUGAAUAAAAGCCCAUCUCGCUCAUCUGGACCUUGUCUUUGGCCCCACAAGCAGGCUGGGGGAAGGUAGACCCGUGGCCUCCUGGCCAGUGAUGGAAAACCUUUUAGAGACUGAGUGACCAACUGGAACCCAAAACCCAUUCAUUUGUCACAGAGUGCCAACGCUGCAAUUAAACCUGAUUACUGAGAUUUCAGUUUAGAAAAAACUCAUACAACUUGUGACAGCACUGCAGAGAGGGCUCCGUGCUCCUGCUGUGGCACACACCACCGGUUCGCCAGCAUGGCCAUAGGUCAGCCAGAACACAGCAGUCUCUUGGCAGGUACCACCCCAGCCUGCAGGAAGUCCACAGCACUAUCCUCAUCUCAGAGGGGACAAGUCCUGUCCACAGCAGCUGAGGGCGGGGUCUUCUGCUGGCAGGAGUCAGCUCUCAGCCUCAUCCAGAGGCCCCAGAGUGGCCUCCGGGAACCUGGUAGUGAGUUGGGGCCAUCUGGGGUGUUUCGGGGUGAAAUCCAUGGAACAGGAAAUCAAGGGAGGCAGGAGCCCGGCUCCAGGAGGCAGAGAGCUUAUGCGAAGGCCCACUGUAGCCUUACUGGCUGCA